CUCCGGGUUUCAAGGGCGGAACUUCUCCUUACGGGGUUCAUCGCCACACUCCAUUCCUUGUGCGUUCUCUGGCCUGCCCGUUGCUUUCGUUCACCGGGCAGGCAGUUUACGUUAUGGUUUGUCCCUCCCAUCUAUCGUCGGGACUAGCGAUGCCGCAGCUCUGUCCUGCACCUACUCGUCGUUUUAUUCUUCGACACGGGCAGCCGUCGGCGUGAAAUGCCCUUCCCGCAUGACUGAUAUUUCGAAGCAGUUAUGGAGAACCCGACUUUCACGGAUGAUGAUGGUGUUCGGCCGCGCAAACACGAUGCGAUCGGAACGCAAGUCGUGGAGGGGAGCCUGUCUACAGCGAUCCAGAGAGCCCUUGGCACACAUGCAGAUGCGGCUGGGGACAGCAGCGAGAAAUUGGCGGGAUCUGAAAGCCAAGAAGACGGCUCCGGUUCACUCCCGCCGGAGAAAGAUGAGGUCCACCUUAAACGACGAGUGGGCCUCCUCAGUGGCGUGGCACUCAUUGUUGGCACCAUGAUAGGUACGUUCUGUCGUCGUCUUCGAGCGAAUCCUUUCAAGUGGUUACAAGGUUGA